AUGGCUCGUUUUCUCUUGUCUUUCAUCCUUGCCUCUGUCUUAGCCCUAGCUACUCUUCAUGGAACCCAUGCAGUCGAGUUCGUCGUCUUUAACCGGGCUCUCAACACCCCCGGCGGAGUCCGCUUUAGAAACCAGCUCGGGAGGAACUACACCCAGCAAAGGAUGAGAGCCGCCACAGAUUUCAUCUGGAACCUCUUUAAGGAAACCGCAGCCGCCGACAGAAAGAGCGUGGCUCGAGUAAGCUUGUUCGUCGAUGACAUGGAUGGCAUCGCCUAUACUAUCAACGAUGAGAUUCACGUCGGGGCUAAAUACAUACAGGGCAUAAAAGGCGAUAUCAAAACGGACUUCAAUGGAGUGUUGUUCCACGAGAUGACACACGUAUGGCAGUGGAACGGUAAGGGUCAAGCUCCGGGUGGCUUAAUAGAAGGGAUUGCAGAUUUUGUGAGGUUGAAGGCCAACUAUGUUCCUAAUGGGUCGGUGAAACCCGGCCAGGGUCAGCGUUGGGAUGAAGGGUAUUCGAUUACUGCACGAUUCCUAGACUAUUGCAAUGGCCUCAAGAAAGGGUUUGUGGCAGAACUUAACAAGAAGAUGAGAAACGGUUACAGUGACAGUUUCUUUAACCAGCUGCUCGGGAAGACAGUUGAUCAGCUCUGGAAGGACUACAAAGCCAAAUUUGGGAACUAA